AUGGCUAAAGAAACGAAAGAUCUGGAGGCUGCCAUUCAUGACCAGACAAACUUGGUACCACUCAAGCAACGAUUGGUCAUAUUUUUUACCCUGGCCUCCUGCAUGUUCUUGUGCUAUGUCGACCAGAACGGAAUCACUGUAUUGUUACCUAGCAUUGCAAAGGACUUGAAUGCUGCCGACACGAUCGCCUGGGCUGGUACAUCCGCCCUCAUCGCGAAUACUGUCUUCCAGGUUCUCUAUGGUCGCCUGUCAGACCUCUUCGGUCGCAAGAAAAUCUUUGUCGCAUGCAUGGUAUUACUGGCUAUCUCGGAUUUAAUCUGCGGUCUCACACCUAACAAGGAAGUUCUCUAUGUGUUCCGCGGUAUCUCUGGUGUUGCUAAUGGCGGCAUUGUUGCUUUGGUCAACAUGAUCAUGUCAGACGUUGUGACCCUACAGCAAAGAGGCAAAUACCAGGGCAUCAUUGGAUCUUUUAUUGGACUGGGCAAUGCUGCCGGUCCGUUGAUUGCUGCUGCUUUUACGCAACACUCCACCUGGAGAGGCCUGUUCUAUCUGAAUGCGCCCCUGUGUCUUAUCGCUGCAGGAGUAGCUGCAUGGACAUUACCGCAAAGCAUGCCCAAGGUCAAUUUCCGAGAAACCAUCCGGAAAGUGGAUUGGAUCGGCCUCUUCUUCAGCACAGCAGCCAUCAUACUUAUUCUUAUCGCCAUUUCCGACGGUGGUCAUGGCACACCCUGGAACUCGGCCGAGACCAUUUCGAUGCUGGUGGUUGGCAGCAUCUGUGCCAUUGCCUUUGUCAUUGUCGAAUGGAAAUUUGCCAAACUGCCAAUGAUGCCGCUGGAAAUGUGGAGGAACAAGUCUGUCGCAUUUAUGCUGGUCCAGUCGUUCUUGCUCGGUAUGAAUUACUAUGCUCUGAUUUACUACCUGCCUCUGUACUACCAAAAUGUCGGUGGAUACGAUGUCAUGAAAUCGGCAGUUCUAAUCUUGCCCCUGGUCUUGGUACAAGCCGCCUUCUCUGCACUUGGCGGACAAUACAUGUCCUUCAUCGGCCACUACAUCGAGGUCAUUCUUAUUGGCUUCGCCGUCUGGACCCUAGGAUCUGGUCUGCUCGUCUCCCUUGGUGCCGAUUCUUCUAUUGGUCACAUCUGCGGCUUCAUCAUCAUGGUCGGAUUCGGUGCCGGAUGCACGUUCCAAACGACCAACACCGCAAUGCAAGCGCAUUCUCCAAAGUCGCAACGCGCAAUCGUCAUCUCGAACAGAAUGUUGUUGCGUCAACUUGGUGGUGCAGUCGGUCUGGCCAUCUCUUCAGCCAUCUCAGGCAAUGUUCUUGCAUCGAGUCUUCCAGCACAUCUCCAGUAUAUCGCUGAAUCCACCUUUGCCGUACCUGACUUGAACACUGUUAGUGCCGCCGACCGAAGAAGUAUUAGCACGGCAUAUGCAAAUGCCAGUCGUGCGGUGUUUAUCUUCUGCGUGGCAGUCAUUGGAUAAAGGAAUGAAAAGAGAAGAAGACAAGGUCGAGGAAAGGGCUCGCGAAGAGGAAAAGGAGCAGUCGGAUCAUGAUUCGGAAGACAAGACUGAAGCUGCAAAGAAGCCUAACAUCCUCGCACGUUACAUAAGCUGGAGAGACUCGCUGAUGAAGGCGGAUGACUGAGGGUGUUUGGCAACAGAGAUGCUAAUUGCAAGAUUCCCGUGUACAGAGGGUCAGAUACACCAAAAGUUUGAUGUUACCACGAAAUAUGACCAUAUCUCAACCAGAACAAUGUUAUAUCAUGACCAAUACUUCCCAAGUGUUUCUUCGAAUUGCUCUCUCAGCCAGCCCUUC